AUGGGAGUUAUGGGGUUCGAAGAGACGUUUACAGCUUAUUUAGUGGGAGAUAAAGGGAAGGAUCCGAAGAACCACAUGUGUCACUUUAAGUACAAGAAGCUCAAGAAUGAUUUGAACUUUUGCAGGCAUCAUCGACAUAUUGAAGCUUCCAUUGAUUCUCGUAGGGAUGAAAAUCCUGAAGAUGAUCUCAAUCAGAUUCCUCCAUAUGAAUCCUGCCAUCGGUGUGAAGGGAUAUUCUCUGAGUUAACGACUGAAGCUACGAAGAUGGCUGAUCAUAUUAGUUUGAGAGUCAGGCAACUUGUUCAUCUUCAUUUUACUCCUGGUAUCCGAAGAUUCUUAUGGUGCUUGUUUCAUUAUUUCAAAGAUGAUCAAGAAGCACUCCUACGUAAGGGAUGGAUCCUAAUUCAAUUUAUGAUUAUGAAUGCUAUCGCCCUCAGGAAGAUUCUCAAGAAAUAUGACAAAGUGCAUGAAUCUGCAAGUGGUAUGAACUUUAAGUCCAAAUUACAGGCAAAACACUUGGAUGUGAUGCAAUCACCAUGGUUGAUUGAAUUAGUAGCUUUCUAUAUGAAUCUAAAGGGUUCAGACAGUUUGACUUCUGAUGAGCUUUUUGGUCAACUCUCUUAUGAUCUCAAUAUCUCGGAUGAAGAGUCUUUACUGACUUUGACACUUCUAGGUUCUGAAAAGCUGGAGUAUAGUCUCACAUGUCCUAUUUGCUUGGACAUUGUUUUUCAACCAUAUUCUUUGAGUUGUGGACACAUUUUUUGCAAGUCUUGUGCUUGUUUGGCAGCUGGUGUAUUGAUCAUUCAAGGGUUCAAGUUUGCAAAUCAAGAUUCCAAGUGUCCAGUUUGCCGAGAGAGUGGAGUGUAUGCUAAAUCAGUUUGCAUGUCUGAACUAGGUUUGCUCUUACAACGAAGGUAUAAAGAUGGAUUUAAGAAGAGACGAAUGGAAGAACGAGAAAAAAUAUUGAUUCAAACUAAAGAAUAUUGGGAGUUGCAAACAAGUUAUGUGAUGGGAUUAUGA